AUGGCAAAGACAAGGUCACCACUGAAGCAACGAUGUGUUGGCGACUUCAAAGUCAAGCUUAAGGUCCGACAUCUACCCCAAGACCUUUUGACCCUAGGUCAGGACAUGUUCUUCACGUACUACGUCUCCGAUUUCAGUCGGACAUGGGACUUCCUAUACAACUAUCUAGACCCAAGAUCCACACCCAAAUAUCUUACUUUGAGCAUCGAAGCGGUCAGUCUCGCCUUCUUGUCCCAUCAGGUUUCCUCUGAGACUGCAAAAGAUCUAGGACGCAGAAAGUACUGUCAAGCACUACGGGAGAUCAACAUUGCCCUGCAAGAUCCCACGACAGCAAAAGCGACAUCGACUUUCGAAGGCGCGUUGCUGCUGGAUCUCUUUGAGAAGAUCAUGAAGUCAGCCUUGGAGAUCAACACAUCAGGACACGCCCAUAUCGAGGGCGCUCUCACAUUGGUUAAACUGCGAGGUGUAGAUUCUUUCAAGGAAGGCACUGAGCUACGGGCAUUGAUGGGACUUUCCCUGAACGCGACGAUAUGCUCAUUGAGUACCGGGCGAGUGGUGGAUCCUUCCAUACGAAAAAUACGAGUACACGCAGCACAAUUCGUCAACACUGACUAUCCGAAGUGGAAGCUCAGCGGACUGAUGCUUGACAUAACCGAUCUAGCCGCAGAGAUGCGCAAGGGCUUUAUGACGGCGGAAGAAAGGAUAACGAAGAGCGAGUACUUUGAUCGAAAGCUCGAGAUUGUUGCAUUUGAAGCGAGCCCGGCUUGGACGUAUGAACGCAAAAGCUUAUCUGAUCCCGAUGGAGCAAGACUGGUACCCGCAGGAUUCCCAAGGGUGUAUGACGUCUACCCCGAUCGCAUGAUCACCCAGAUGUGGAACGUGCUUCGCAUAGCCCGAAUACUUCUCUGCGAGGAGAUCAUCCAGUCCUGUUCCGAGAGCUGUGAUCCUGAAGUUGCCGCUCAGUGUGAUCGAGCAAAUACUGCCAUCUUGACCCUCGUCCAGGAGAUCGUCGCAUCGGUUCCUCAGAUGACGGACUGCGACCUAGUCGCAAAGGAUAAGCUGCCUAUUGGAAGCACGGGUAAACAACAUGCACACAGCAUACCACACAUCCUCGAUGUAUACAUACUGAUUUUCAGCCUCUACGUUGUUGCUUGGUCAAGAAGCUGUCCACAAUCUGCAGUCGAUUGGAGUCUGAAGCACCUGCAGCACAUUGCCGAUCACUUUGCUAUAAAAGAGGCUGCCGUCAUUCUGAAUAUCUUGAGAAAGCAAAAGAGGGAGGAUCGUAUUGAUCCAUGGGAUAGAGUCUUCGGUCAGUUAUCCAACGCACCCAAAGAUAUAUGGAUGCAGUCCGCAUACAGUCAGGGUCACGAUAUGGACACCGCAUCUUCCGAGUAA